AUGGCUGCUGCUGUCGCUCACGAGCUCACGCAGACAUUCCUCGACAAGCCUUGGGCCAACGCCUACCCGCUCUCGUUCCUUCCCGCCGCAGGAAACGCCGUCCAACCGACUUCAUCAGUUCGAGGAGGAGACGAACCUGUCGAGCUCGACAUCGAGCUUCCGGUCGACGAGUGGGGCGAGUGGGGUGCUGGCAGCGAACUAGGCGCUCACAGGGAUGAGGGGAAGGCAUCGGCGAAGCGGCAGCUCGACGCGGACGCUUCCUCUUCUCAAUCGGCGAAGCGCUUCAAGGACGAUGAGGGAGCUCGCUCCAUGGACCCUCCUGUAGUCUUUCACAAGCGUCGCUCACACAGCGGAGGCAGGAAGCACCAGAGGCGGACCUCUCUGCGCUCUCCCAAUCCCUCGCCUCCUCCUGCAGCGCGACCGCUUCCUCCGCAACGUGCAAGAUCCAUUCCGCGCGAAGAAGCGUCGACUUCCGAGGGUGCUCGACGACACAACUUCGUUUUUGACUUCACCUCAGAGCCGCCAAAGAACGGCGGACGGAAUGGCAAGAACCGCCCGAAGCCUGCUCAACUUCCGCCCGCCGACGAGGCGCCCUUCCUGACGGAGCAGAUGCUCGUUCCCGACCUUCACGGCAUCAGCUUCGCAGACUACAUGCCUUACCUCAUCGACACACCCGUCGAGCCUAAAUGGAGCGGUCCGCUCUUCCAGCUGCUUCUCGAGUUCUUCCACGAGUGCGAACCGCGUGAGGUCUGGGCGUCGCGUCCGGAGCGUCUGAUGCGAGGCGCUUCACUGCACUGGGUCUCGAAGCAAGUCACGAUGCGCCAGCCCGACAGACGGGCGAUUCAGGCGACCUUUUCUCCCGGACGCUCUCCAGGCUGGGAAUCGUUGAAUGACGACCGACGCGUCAAGUUUCUUGCGAUGCUUGAUGUCAUGAAAUGGCUCUUCGAGGACGAGACCUUGACCGUCGACGCCGUCUCCCAUCUUGUACGACACGCGCCUCUGCCCUUGCACAUUCUUGUUCGGGAGUACGCCAGCGUCGUCCGGCUCAGCGAGGCAACCCAACACGCCGAGCGCGAGCUCAUCCAGCACCUCAACUCGCUCCGUCGCGUUUCGCCGCAUCAAGCAGCAGCCAUCGUCCUCCUCCGCUGGUUUCAGUCACUUCGUUCCCCGAACCGACACUACGUCUUCUUCACGCACCCGGACGGAUCAUUGCGCUUCAACCUGAGCGAGCCGCCUUGGGCGUGGUGGUUCAAGCGUGUCGAGGUAGGCGAUCCUUGCACGGCGGAGGUUCUCGACGAGUGGGAGAAGGGAGUGCUUGCCGAGGAGGACUGGAGCGAUUUCUGA